AUGCCAGAGUUCCGAAGUGGUGCUCGGAGAGCUUGUCUGAGGUCUAAGAAGGUCGACAAGGCUGCAGACCCAGUUGGGAGCCCAGCAGUGCCGCCUCCUCAGGGCAGGGCUAGAAGGCGUGGAGGUGCUGUGGCUGGUAGUGGUAGAGGUAACAAAGCAGCUGCUAAGGGUAGAGGGAGGUCAGCUUCUAAACACAGAGGAAAGGGGCUCGAGGCUAUUGAUUUGCAGACUGAUCUGCCUUGCAACAACCUCCCUGAACCUGUUGUUGCUGGCGAGGCAGUUAUUGGCACAACCCACAAGGACCUUUGUUUGAGCAAGGCAGCUGACUGUGCUGCCAGCUUAAGAAUGGUGGGUGAUACGGACAAAUUUGCAGUGCCAGAGGAUGAUGCCACAACCUCCCCAGUGCCUGAGAGGGUUCAAGUAGGUAAUUCCCCAGAAUAUUUAACUGGUAGAAAGUUAGGCAAAGGUGGCUUUGGCCAGGUUUAUGUUGGAAGAAGAGUAUCUGGUGGAUCUUCUCGUAUGGGUCCUGAUGCAUAUGAGGUUGCACUAAAAUUUGAGCACCGAAGCAGUAAGGGAUGCAACUAUGCCCCCCCAUGCGAGUGGCACGUUUAUCAGACUCUCAAUGGUUGUUAUGGCAUUCCAUCAGUCCACUACAAGGGUCGCCAGGGAGAGUACUACAUUCUUGUAAUGGAUAUGCUUGGUUCCAGCCUCUGGGAUGUUUGGAAUUCUGUAGGACAGGCGAUGGCUCCUCAUAUGGCUGCUUGCAUUGCUGUUGAGGCCAUAUCAAUUCUUGAGAAACUUCACUCAAAAGGCUUUGUACAUGGCGAUGUGAAACCAGAGAACUUUUUGCUUGGUCAGCCUGGUUCACCUGAUGAGAAGAAGCUUUUCCUGAUUGAUCUUGGUUUAGCAUCCAGGUGGAAAGAAGCAGCAUCUGAUAAGCAUGUUGAAUAUGAUCAGAGGCCAGAUAUCUUUAGGGGAACAAUUAGAUAUGCUAGUGUCCAUGCUCAUUUAGGUCGUACUGGUAGUAGGAGGGAUGAUCUGGAGUCACUGGCAUACACCCUUAUUUUUUUAAUAAGAGGAAGAUUGCCUUGGCAAGGCUAUCAGGGAGAUAACAAGAGUUUUCUUGUUUGUAAGAAGAAAAUGGCCACUUCUCCAGAGAUGCUUUGUUGCUUCUGUCCAGCUCCAUUCAAAUAUUUUCUUGAGAUGGUCACCAAUUUGAAAUUUGAUGAAGAGCCAAAUUACCCUAAACUUAUUUCUGUUUUUGAUGGUUUGAUUGAAGAGCCUGCUUCAAGACCCAUCAGAAUUGAUGGAGCUCUAAAGGUUGGACAGAAACGUGGAAGAGCACACGUAAACCUUGAGGUCGAAGAACAACCGAAGAAGAAAGUUAGAUUGGGGAGCCCAGCAACUCAAUGGAUUUCAGUGUAUAAUGCUAGGUGGCCCAUGAAGCAGAGAUAUCAUUAUAAUGUAGCUGAUUCAAGGCUGCACCAGCAUAUAGAAAAAGGUAAUCGAGAUGGUUUGUAUGUAAGUUCUGUGGCUUCUUCAGCAAAUUUUUGGGCUCUCAUCAUGGAUGCUGGGACUGGGUUUUGUUCUCAAGUUUAUGAGCUCUCACAAGUGUUUCUGCACAAGGAGUGGAUUACAGAGCAGUGGGAGAAGAAUUAUUACAUAACAGCAAUUGCUGGAGCAACCAAUGGAAGUUCCUUGAUUGUAAUGUCUAAAGGAACUCCGUACACACAGCAGUCAUACAAAGUCAGUGAAUCAUUUCCUUAUAAAUGGAUUAAUAAAAAAUGGAAAGAAGGUUUUCAUGUGACAUCUAUGGCUACAGCAGGGAAUCGUUGGGGAGUGAUCAUGUCAAGGAAUGCAGGCUAUUCUACUCAGGUUGUGGAGCUGGACUUCCUGUAUCCUAGUGAAGGUAUCCAUCUGCGAUGGGAGACUGGUUAUAGGAUAACUUCGAUUGCAGCUACACCUGACCAAGCUGCUUUUAUCUUGAGCAUCCCAAAGAGGAAGCCCAUGGACGAGACGCAAGAAACUCUUCGUACUUCCGCCUUCCCCAGCACCCAUGUAAAGCUCCCCGGUGGCCGAGGCGGCGGCGCGUGUGGCCUCCACCGCCGUCACGACGGCCAUCAUGAUGAAGCGCCCGUCGUUGCCCGUCUCCCUGAAGAACCUGGUCACGCAGAACCUGCCGCUGCCCAGGUACGAGAGGUAGGACAGCUCCAACCAGCUGUCGGCGUGGUUUGCGUGGGCGUCGACGUUGGCCCAGACGUGCCGGCACGCCGGUCUGCCGGCGGCGUUCAGGUCGGCCGCGCACAGGUCGGCCGCUCCGUCGUCGGUGAAGCCGAACCACAGGCCGUAGUCGGCGACGUACUGCGCGCGUCCACGGAAGGGCAGCGCCCAGCCGCCUUCCUUGCGCCACGACGCGCGCGCCGCGUUCCUCGUCGAGAUCCUGAUGGUCGAGGCGGCGCCGGCAUCGGCGAACGAGUCUAUGUGCACAUGCCUGUACGACUCGAUCGGCGGCGAGGGGAGGAGGUUCCAGAACCAAUCCUCACGGUGGCGGUCGUAGAUCAGGGCCUCGAAGUCGAGGCAUUCCUGCUCCUCGUACCCGGGGCCGCGGCCGAGGUGGUAGAGCCUGCUGCCGGCCUCGGCCCACGUGGACCCGUGGUAGUGACACUUGACGUGGCGCGCGUCGGGCCCGGCGCGCACGGCCUCCGUGCGCGUGUCGAAGAUGACGGUGUGCCGGUGCCUGUUCACGCUGACGAUCUUCUCCACGCCGCGGCCCAACGGGAGGAACUGCCGGCCGGUGGCGCAAUCGAAGCUCGCCAACGGGCGCGGUAG